UUUAAUGUUUUAAAUGCAUUAUAUUUAUGUUUAAUAUAAAUGUUUAAAUAUCUAAUUCAACAUGUCCAAGUCAGUUUUGUAUGAAAUAAAUCCUGAACAGCUUUUUGAGCAAAAAUCUAUCCAAGAAAUUGAACAAGUUCGUAUAAAGCUUCAACAUGAAAUUGAGAAAAAGCGUGAGGAACUACGAACUAUGGUGGGGGAGCGUUACCGUGAUCUCCUCCUAGCUGCUGAUACAAUAGCCGAGAUGAAACAAACAGCAUCCAAAGUGAUACAACACGUUAGCAAAAUUAAUGAAGUUUGUGAAAAAUCUAAAUGGACUGGAUUUUUUAAAUUGCAAAUAACAAAUUCGAGAAACAGCAGCAGAUCGCACAUGAACUUCUCGCAGGAUUCUGUAGCUGCACAAAUACAUAUAUUAAUUAUUGUGCCUGAAAAGAUUUGGACGGCUAUUGAGAAUGAAGAUUUUUUGGGGGCUGUGGAGUUGUAUUUGUUUGCGAGGCAUAUCAGCACAGGUCUACAAUUUCGUGUAAAUGAUGAUGUCCAAUCAGAUAAAAAAUUUAAUUGGAUGAAGCUUGCUGAGAGACAAUGGAAUAUGAUUUCUACAUUCAAUGAGACGAUUAAAAAUGCUUGUAAUGAAGCACUGAAAUGUCCUGAUAUUAAAACAGAGACCGCUGUUUGUUGUAUAUGCACCCUAUGUCUAUUACAAGAUCAACUCCUAUCAAAUAUCCUGAACACUUUCAUCAAUCUGCGAAUUGAAGCCCUGAAUGAAAUUUUGCAACCGAAAAACGAACAGUACAAUGUCAAAACAAAAGUCCAGGAAUCUGCAAACUUAUUAAUCAAUACAUUACUAUUGGUUCACGAAUGUUUUAUUGGAAAUCCUCAACCCUUAGUGAAUGUUGAAUUUGAUAAAAUGUUAAAAUCGGAUGUGUUGCCGGUUAUUAAACAAUUGAGUUCGGAGAGUGCGGUUGUUGAAAGAGUGCUGGGAGAUGAUAUUUUGCACUUCAGGCCCAGUAUGGAUUUUAAUAAUACGUUAUCAUCUAAUGAAUUGAACCAAGCCAUGAAAAAGUGGUUGCAAGAAGUUGAAGUCCGGGUUAAUAAAGAUUUAGCUGAAUUAAUUAAUUUGGUGAACUCUGUGAAGUCUUUGCAAGGAAUCAGACAUAAGUUGGCGGAUAUAGAAAAACCUCCAAACUGGCAAGAAAUCUGCACCAAACUCAGCGUUCCCGACAUGACCAACGUCUUCGUUCAAUACUACCAGCCUCUGCUCACAAAACGCAUCCAGCAUCUCAUAAAUCUGACCUGGACAAAAGCCAUCGCUUGCAUAAAAACGGACAUAAAAAAAAUCGUACAAAAAAAAUCACAGAGUUCUAACAACCAGAGAGACGUCGUUGCUUGGAAUUACUUGGAAAACAUCACUGAUAAUAAACCAGCGGAAGAAGAUUCAGGUGUAAAAUUAUCGAAGAAAGUUAUUGGAAAGACUGAUAAUCAGUUUACCCUGAACAAUGUGUACGGUUUUGAUAAUGAUAUGAUCAAAUCGUGCAGGAUGUUUGAUAAAUGUCUAAAGACUUUGUUGGAUGAUGUAUUGUUUUAUUUGUAUCAUAAAGAUGAUUUGGCAAGUGAUCGGUUUUUGGAACUGGAUGAUAAUGGGAAGAUGAUUUUGAAGUUUUUGCAUGAUUGCUCGACGGAAAAUAUCAAAAGUCUAUUAGAUCACAUAGAAAAACAAUACCUUGAAGAAAAAUCAUGCCUAACACUAUCUCGAUACCUAAACUCAGUGAUGUACUUAUGUCCAAAUCUUUCCCAAUGUUUUCACAAACACACCGAGAGUGAAUCCAUGAAUAAAACCGAAGAAACACCUUCAAAUCACGUAUUCAAUGAUAUAACAUCAUUGGAUGUAAAACUUUGGCAAUGCUGGUUGGAUUCAGUAAACGACUUCAUAGAAAACACUUUGGAUAAAAAUAUGCCGAAGGAAUUGAGUGCGCGCGUCAUGCUGAAAAUAUUAUCACAAUGGGAGACCGUGACAAUCCAGGAAAAAGAUGAUGAGGACAAAAUUAUUGAAUCGAACAUCCGUAUACCAACACACACUUCGUUUCCUUUACAAAACAUACUUUGUUCAGCGAAUGCCAAAAUAGCACAAGUCGGUCCACACUUGAUGCCCAAUUCGGUCAGAAAGAAUUUGAUCAAAACUUUGGCGCUUAAAAUACUUAAAAAUUACGAAGUGUAUUCGUCUGAUGAUGCUGGUUAUUUGAAGUCUAACCAAGUGGCUGCUGUGCAGUUUUAUUUCGACGUCAGAUAUCUGCAAACCUUGACUUCUGGAAGUGCAAGAGACGUUCCUGGUUUCCAAAAUGUGGGCGAUAGUUUGAAGAAACUGAUUGAUCCUUUUGAUUUCGAUGUUUUUUAUCCGCAUUUGCAAAGAAAUAUCAAACGGGCUGUUCAAAAAACACAGGUUCAAUUUGGUUGCCUGGUAGGCAAUCCGGAGCAGCUCAAUGCUUUAUUAUCAUCUACUCCAAAUGUGGCUAACCAGUCGACAAAACAAGAAGUGGCUUGUAUUUUACCACUUGUGACCACUCAGAGGGAUAAUACACAGUCUUCGUACUGGUUUACCCUUUUACCGGUUACCAGUACCGGGAAUAGAAUUGUGGAGAAGAGUUAUGUUCAGCAGAAAGUUGAAGUUCAGGAUUUUCCUGGUUGUUCCAACUUUCCAUCGACAACCACCACCGAUACAAAAGACAUUCAGCAAAAACCCUCAACAGCUUUAUCAGGAGCUGCUGCAUUUUUUGGAGCAAUGGGACAGGAUUGGUUUCGAACUGGUUAA